AUGAACGAAGCGCUGAAAACAAUAGUUAAAUUUUUGGAGCAGUCUGGUCUUCAAUAAUCAGCCCGUAAAUUGAAGGAAGAAAUAAUAAUGAUGAAAAAUGAAAUUGACUGUGAAAAGUAACAACAAUAAAUGCUUAUGAACAUCAUCUGUUAAGCAUUGGAGCAGAAGAAGAAAGAAAAGAAGAAGCCAGUGAUCGAUAGAUAAGCAGUGCGUAGGAAACCAAAAGUAUUCACAUAAGAGCAGACAGAACAAAUAAUGGAAAAAUUAAUGAAUAGAUUAGUGUCAAAGCCAAAUCUAUUAGAAGAUGAGACACUCAACGAGAAGAUUGAACGCUAUUUUGAUAAUGCCACAUUCUAAAAGAUGGUGGAUUAAGCAGAUGUAUUUCAUGAUAUUUCAAAUACAUCUAUUUCAAAUUCGAUUCUCAAAAAAAAGAGAACUGAAACAAGUGAAGAAUAAUAAUAAGCUCCUUGUUUUGGCAAAUGUAAUGAAUAUAAGAUUCAAGAGAGUGACCAAAUAGUAUUUGGAAAAAUCUAAUAGCCUUAGCAACAUUAAAAGCAAUAAGUGUUGGAAAAAUCCCCUUCAGUUGAUGAAUUGUUUACAGAAGAGGAUGUCUCGAGAUCUGCUGCUAAACAUCAACAAUUUGAGGGUAUAGACACAGCUAAAAUGCCAUCCAUCAUUAGACCUGAAAGUGGAUGUAAUGAUUCCUCCUUCUUUCUACAAAAUUCUUAGUCAUUUGUAUUACAUGAUAUGGAAGAAAAUAAAAAUAUAAUAGACGAAUACAAUGAUGAUGAUGAUCCUGGAUUUGAUUUGUAUGAAGUUGGAGAAAAGGAUUUCAUUAAAGUGGCUAAGUAAUUGGCAGAUAAAUUUGGAUUUCCCUAAAGAGCCAUAGCUUAACUUAAGAAGAAAAAGGAUGAGGUGAAUUGUGAUAAUGAAGAUGAUAGUGCUGUCUUAUUGAAGAGUUAAUAGAAAUCCUAAGAGGAAAGUAGAAAAGGAUACAUUUAUUUGCCUCCUUCAUUGAAACACCCAGACUCUACAGACGACUUCUAUCCUGUGGAAUUUGAUAGAGUCAUCUAUGAUUGUUUCAAUCUCAAAGUCAUUUUUGAUAGGGAAAGAACUGGAUUUGAAGAAACCAAAGAUUUUCCUAUUGUUAUUAAUUCAAUCAUAGCUGGAAGAUAUCAAAUAUUAGAAUAUUUGGGAUCAGCAGCAUUUUCAAAAGCAGUUAAAUGUUUAGAUUUACAAUCUUAAAAGGAGGUGUGCAUGAAAAUCAUAGAAAAUAAUAAAGAUUAUAUGGAUUAGAGCAUAGAUGAAAUUAAAUUAUUGAGAUAUAUAAAUUGCAAUGGAGAUUGUGAUGCUAAAAAUGUGCUUAGAUUAUAUGAUUUCUUUUAUCAUAAAGAACAUCUAUUUUUAGUUACAGAACUACUUAAAGAUAAUCUUUAUGAAUUCUACAAAUACUAUAGAGAAAAGGAAAAAGUCAACUAUUUUACAGUUGGUAGAUUAUAAAAAUUGACCAAACAAAUCUUGAUUGCCUUAGAUUAUAUACACUCUCUUAAAUUGAUUCAUUGUGAUUUAAAACCUGAAAACAUAUUAAUGAGAUCUAUAAGCAAAUGUGAAUGUAAAGUGAUUGAUUUCGGAUCUUCAUGUUUCAUCCAUGAUCAUCUAUCUAGUUAUGUUCAAUCAAGAAGUUAUAGAGCACCUGAAGUUAUCAUUGGAUGCAAAUAUGAUUAUAAAAUUGAUAUGUGGUCAUUGGGCUGUAUCCUAGCUGAAUUAUGGACAGGAUAUGUUUUGUUUUAAAACGACACUGUACAAGGCUUAUUAGCUAGAGUCAUUGGUAUAAUUGGUCCAUUCCCUGAAAAUAUGAUGAAAGAGGGCAGAUUAGUUAAUUAAUUCUUCACAAAGGAGAAACUACUCUAUCAGGAUGCAAUGGAGGAUUAACAAUAACAUUACCCAAACCCUGAUAUGUCAGAUGCCUCAGUCAAAAGAAAAAAGACUGGAUUAAUCUAAAUAUUGGUUCCCAAGAAAUCAAAUCUAAAGGCCAGAUUAAAGACUGACGACAUGUUCUUUUUAGAUUUUGUUAAGCAAUUAUUACACAUUGAUCCUUCAAAAAGACCCUCGGCUAAAGAUGCCCUCUAUCAUCCCUGGUUUACAUAAGCAUAAUAUCCUGAUGGAUUAUGA